AUGGAGGACAGUCUAAAGCAGCUCAGCCUGGGGAGACAUCCCAACGGGGCAGGGGGCAGCCAGGCCCUGGCUGAGCUCCAGGAGCUUGCCCUGAAGUGGUUCAUGGAGACACAGGCCCCCUUCAUUCUGCAGAACGGUGCCCUGCCUCCUUGGUUUCACGGAUUCAUCACCCGCAAGCAGACGGAGCAACUACUCAGGGACAAAGCGGUUGGGUCCUUCCUCAUCCGCCUCAGUGACCGAGCCACCGGCUACAUCUUGUCCUACAGGGGCAACGAUCGCUGCAGGCAUUUUGUCAUCAGCCAGCUUCGAAACCGGCGUUACAUCAUCUCAGGAGACACCCAGAGCUAUAGCACCCUGACCGAGCUUGUGCGCCAUUACCAGGAGGCACAGCUUGAGCCCUUUGGAGAGACGCUGACUGCUGCCUGUCCCCGGCCAGAGGACAACGAUCUGUAUGAUGCCAUCACCCGGGGCCUCCACCAGACCAUCGUGGACCCGGAAAUCCCGCCUGCCACGGCACCCCCCACAGUGGUCCCAGACAAGGCUGCCAGCCCCCGCUCUUCUCCCAAGCCGCAGGUCUCCUUCCUCCAUGCACCGAAGAGCCCGGAUGUGAGUCCCUGGAACCUGUCCCAGGAGGAAAGCAUGGAGGCUCCCAUCAGAUUGCCCCCACUCCCUGAGAGGAGUCCCUCCCUCCUGGAAGAGUCUUUCGGAGGCCCCAGUGACAUCGUCUAUGCAGACCUGAGGAAGAUAAACCAGGCACGGCUAGGCUUGGGCACAGAGGGGUCCAGCAGGCAUGGCCCGGUUCCAGCUGGCAGCCAGUCCUGUUCUCCAGGCACUGAGGCCCAGAUGAGACUCUCAGAUGUCGAACAGAACAGGCCUAAUGGCCUGGUGCCCGUCCUCUCUGGGGCGAACCUAGGCCAGGGGCCCACAGAGUCUCCCACUUCCUGGGGGUUCCUCCUGUCCUCCAGUUCGGAUGCCAUGGGGUCCCUGGGGGCCACCUGGAGGCAGGAGUUUCCAAAGCUGAGCCCAGAGGCUCAGCUCUGCUCCCAGGGCAGCUCUGAAGAUUUCUAUCAGUUCAUCGGGACAGAAGGCCUCCUGCAGGAGGCCAGGGAGGCGCCAGGCCAAGAAGGCAGCACCUAUGAGCAGAUCCCAGCUUGCCGGGGUGGCCCGGCCAGGGCCCCACAUCCUGGGGCCAGUCCCACAUAUAGCAAACUGUCAGUGCCCGUGGACUCUGGCCACAAGAGGAUCUCAGGGACCCCAGGGCUUCCAGAACCUGGAAACACCUAUGAGCAGAUCCCAGCACCCAAGAGCAAGGAGACCGGACGGACACAGAAGCCCGACAUGCUUCGGAGGCUCUUCUUCACCGACAGGAGGCACAAAUUCUGA